GGUUCAGCAGGGUGUACCCCAAGGAAGGCCAGCGUAUAUGAGAAGGAGAAGAUGGCUGACCGAGCAUGCGACUCCUUCCUCUCCUCCGUCUUCCACGUUCACUGGCCCUCGGACCGCUAUACUCCCGAACAAUGGCUACCAAGACCAUAGCCGUGCUCAACGAUGCCGACCUGAAGGAUGGUCAGAUGAAAGAGGUUGAAUUUGAAAGCGGCAAGGUCCUCGUCAGCCGCCUGGGCGACAAGCUACACGCGACGAGCGCGUUCUGUACUCAUUAUGGGGCUCCUCUUGCGAAGGGCGUCCUCACGUCUGAUGGUCGUGUCGUAUGUCCUUGGCACGGAGCCUGCUUCAACAUAUGCACUGGCGACAUCGAGGACGCACCGGCACCAACCGCGAUUCACUCCUUCAAGGCCGAAGUCAAGGAUGGCAAGAUCUACGUCUCCGCCGACCCUGCGAAGACGACCAAGGACGAGAUGUCUCGCCCAUCAAAGCUUUUGAGCACCGGCACGGAAGGGACGGGGAAGGGCGUCGUUAUCAUCGGCGGUGGGAGUGCGACAUUCCACGCCAUCGAGAGCUUGCGAGAGCAUGGCUACCCUCACCCCAUCACCGUCAUCUCGAAGGAGCCGCAUAUGCCCAUUGACCGGACGAAGCUGAGCAAGGCCCUCAUUACCGACGCGUCCAAACUUGAGUGGCGCAACGCGUCUGACCUCAAGAUCCGCUACAACACCAACUUCCGCGUUGGCACUACCGCUUCAUCCAUCAACUUCGCCUACAAAUCCGUCACCCUCGAGGGCGGCGAGACCAUCGAGUAUGACAAGCUCAUCAUUGCAACCGGCGGGCAGCCGAAAGUCCUGCCUCUCGAGGGCGCGAAGUCGGAGAACGUCUACACCCUGCGAGGCAUCGAGGAUGCGAAGAAGAUUGACGCGGCCGCGCAAGAAGGCAAGAAAAUGGUCGUCAUUGGCUCUUCCUUCAUCGGCAUGGAGGUUGUCGGCGCGGUCGCGAAGCGCAAGCUUGCCUCCAUCGACGUGAUCAGCACGGAGGAAGUACCCUUUCAGGCGGUCCUGGGCAAGGAGGUCGGUGCGGGACUGAAGAAGUACUACGAGGGCCAGGGCGCCAAGUUCCAUAUGCAGGCCGACAUCGCCAAGAUCGAGACCACCGAUGGCAAGGCCAGCGCUGUCGUACUCAAGAGCGGCGAGUGCUUCCCCGCGGACUUCGUUCUCAUGGCCGUGGGCGUGGCGCCCGCGACGGAGAUCCUGAAGAAGAGUAACGUGCCGCUGGAGGAGGAUGGCUGCGUGAAGGUGGACGAGUACCUGAAGGUUCUGGGCCUCGAGGAGGUGUAUGCGAUCGGGGACAUUGCGAUGUACCCAUACAAGGGGGAGUACCGCCGGAUUGAGCACUGGAAUGUGGCGGGGAACCAUGGGCGGGCGGUGGGAAAGACUAUUGCGGGGAGCCCGCAGCCAUUCGAGAAGGUGCCGGUGUUUUGGAGUGGCCAGGGUGUCCGUUAUUGCGGCCUCGGUGCCAAAUUCGAAGAGGUCAUCGUGCAGGGUGACCCGUCGUCGAAGUUCGUCGCCUACUACGUCAAGGGCGGCAAGAUCGUCGCAGUCGCGAGCAUGAAGACCGACCCUGUCGUCUCGCAUUGCUCGGAGCUGUUGCGACUUGAGCUCAUGCCGACGCCAGAGGAGAUCAAGGCCGGAAAGGAUAUUCUGUCAGUCGACAUAUCGACCGUCGGCAGUCGGGCGAAGGUCGGCGCCUGAAUCAUAAUGUUGGACACGCAAGAGAUCUUCGAUAUGAACACACGCAAUCACCAUGUACUAUAGCAUUCGGAAUGAAGAGCAAUUGGGACUCAGACGUGUGUGGGGAGUUCCAUGCCGGCCAUGCAAUACGACCCUCCCGGACUUGUCUGUGAGCGGUAGCUCUUGGGUAGCUCGAUGGCAAUUUCAUGACGGUCAAGAAGAUCGCCGGUGUCCUCGCAUCAACCUCCAUCGUGAAGAUCCCAUGCUCGAGCGGCUCGAGCAUCCCGCCUCUCCUACGCCCGACGCGGGGGAUGUUA